UAAUUUUUUCACAAGCUACUUAAAGUAUAAUUUAUAUAAAACACGUAUUGUUCAAACUAAAAGGAAAUGGCUGCUUUUGAAGAAAUGGGUGUUUUACCUGAAAUUACUAGGGCUCUCGAUGAAAUGGAAUGGGUGCUUCCUACAGAUGUGCAAGCAGAAGCAAUUCCAUUAAUUCUUGGAGGAGGUGAUGUAUUAAUGGCUGCAGAAACUGGUAAUGGAAAAACUGGAGCCUUCUGUAUUCCAGUAUUACAACUGGUACUGGAAACUUUGAAGAACAAACAGCUUCCAAAAUUAACAGAUGAAAUUUCAUCAACUUGGAUUUUAAAUGGAUCCGAUAGUACUAAUGCUUGUUAUAUAAUUGGCAAUGGUCUUCUUUGUCACAGUCAACAUCAAAAGGAAUGGCAUGGAUGUCGAGCUAAUAAAGGUAUUCAAGGAAGUGGAAAAUAUUACUAUGAAAUUAUUGUGAAGUCUGAGGGAUUGUGCAGAGUUGGAUGGUCAACUCCUCAGGCAGCUUUAAACUUGGGUACAGAUAUAUUUGGAUGGGGCUAUGGUGGAACAGGAAAGAAAAGUAAUGGAAAUAAAUUUAUUGAGUAUGGUGAAUCUUUUAGUAUACAUGAUGCUAUUAGCUGUACUAUUGACUUAGAUAAUGGAGAAAUAAGUUUUUGGAAAAAUGGAGUAGAUCUAGGCACAGCUUUUUAUCUAAAUUCUAAAGAAAAGUUAGAAACUUUUUUACCUGCUGUGGUUAUGAAGAAUGUAAAAAUAUCCAUUAAUUUUGGAACACAACCAUUUAAAUAUCCUCUUUCAUCUGAUUACGUUGCAAUUUGUAAUGCAUCAGAAAAUUAUGUUGUAAACAGUUCUUUAAACAAAAGUGAAACUGUAAGUACUGCGAAGCAAAUUAAAAAUGGUCCUCUAGCUAUUAUAAUAGAACCGAAUCUUGAACUUGCCGAACAAACAUAUAAUCAAAUUGAAAAGUUUAAAAAAUACAUAAAAAAUCCUGAAAUAAAAAACCUACUAUUAGUUGGCGGAGAGAGUAUCAAAGUUCAUAAAACUGCUUUAAAUCAUGGAGUAGACAUUGUUGUUGGAACUCCAGGAAGAUUAGAAGCACUAGUGGAAAAUGGAUAUUUAUCAUUGAACCAAUGCAAAUAUUUUAUAUUAGACGAAGCAGAUGGAUUAUUAAAACAAAAUUAUGAAAACUUAAUUAACAAGUUACAUAGACUUAUGAUUAAUGUGAGAAGUGAUGAAACAAGGUUGCAAAUGGUAGUUUGUUCAGCUAGUUUGCAUGCUAUUGAAGUAAAAAAUAUGGCCGAACGUUUGAUGCAUUUUCCAGUAUGGAUCGAUUUAAGAGGAGAAGAUGUAAUUCCAGAAACAGUACAUCAUGUUGUAGUAAUAGUUGAUCCUCGAAAAGAUAAUUUGUGGCAAAAAUUAAGAAGACACAUUACAACUGAUGGUGUACAUAAUAAUGAUAACAUUGAAAAUGGAAAUACAGCUGAGGCUCUAUCAGAAGCAGUUAAAAUACUAAAAGGAGAAUACUGUCUUAGAGCUAUAAAAGAACAUAAAAUGGAUAGUGCUAUGAUUUUCUGUAGAACAAAACUCGAUUGUGAUAAUUUAGAAUCUUAUUUAAAUCUAACCGGUGAUAAAGAAUUAACUUGUGUUUGUUUACAUAGUGAUCGUAAGCCAAUUGAACGUAAAAAUAAUUUGAACAGAUUUAAGCAGAAAGAAGUCAAAUUUUUAAUUUGUACCGAUGUAGCAGCAAGAGGAUUAGAUGUUAUUAACUUACCUUUUAUUAUUAAUAUAACUCUACCUGAUGACAAGACAAACUAUCUUCAUCGUAUUGGACGAGUUGGAAGAGCUGAAAGAAUGGGUUUAGCUAUUUCUUUAGUGGCUAAUGUUCCAGAAAAAGUAUGGUAUCAUGGUAAUUGGUGUUUAUCUAGAGGUCGUAAUUGUAAUCAAACAAAUCUGUUGAACCAACGUGGAUGUUGCAUUUGGUACAAUGAACAGAGGUUAUUAGCAGAUAUAGAAGAUCACUUAAAUAUAACAAUUCAACAAAUAGAAAAUGAUAUUAAGGUACCAAUAAAUGAUUUUGACGGUAAAGUUACAUAUGGUGAAAAGCAAAUAGGAGCAGUAUCAAAUUAUGAACAUCAUGUCGAAGAAAUGGCUCCAAUAGCAACAACAUUAGCAACUCUUGAAUCUCAAGCACAGAUUAUUUAUUUAAGAAGGCGCCAAACUAUUCGAUAAAUGUAAUUUACCAAAAACUUAACAACAAUUGUGUAGGUUUUUUCAUUAUCAGUUUUUUUUUUAUAAUCACACCUAGCAAUAAAAUAUUUAGC